UCUGAAAACACGCGCAAGAAAAAAAAUUAAACUUUAAACAUUAAAAGUCUUUUACAUUCACGUAUUUCAACACCUUAAAUACCAUAGUAAGAAAUUAUUGAUGUGUAAUCUUAUCAAUAUGUAAAUUGUGCGUCUUUCCUAUUAGUAGGAAAGGUUUAAACAUGUAUGGGAGCAGAAAUCAAUUUGGUAAACUUUUUACUUCACUUCUGGCUAAAUAAAUUUGGUAUGUCUUGGCCAGAGUUGUACGGUUUUACACUUAAAGGUAAUUCACCAGUAGUUGUUGUAGCUGUUAAAGAAGGCUCUGAAGCACAGCAGGCUGGUUUGUUACCAGGUGAUCAGAUUAUAAAAGUGGGAGAUGUAAAUGUCCAAGAAUUUACCGAGCAGCAAGUAAUAUUGCUUGCUCAAACUCAACAACACACACCACCUAUAAUAUCUGUAAUAUCCAGAAUUAUUAUUGUUGAUUUAAACCGGGGUGCCAAUGGUUAUGGUUUGCAAUUUAAAGGUCUCGGUCCAGUAUAUAUCUCUGCCGUGCAGCCAAACAGCCCUGCUUACCACCUUGGAAUUCAUCCUGGAGAUAUGUUAGUUGAGAUUAAUGGAAUCCGUGUUAGCAAGGCAUCAAAAGCUUCAGUUGACAAGUUAGUUGCUAAGCAUGCACCAAAAUUACACUUGGUAUUAAUUGCUGGUGCUGUUAAUGUUGAGAGGAAUCGCUGGAAAUCUAAACCAACAUUUUCCUUCAGUAAAGUGGUGAAUUAUUAUCUUGCUGGUGAAAAUGAAAAGAAGAGGCAUUUAAUGUUGCUGCUACAGAAAUACAUCACAGAUAGAAAUAUAGGAACAUUUUCAUAUGGCUUGAUUGAAUUACUGAAAACACCAUUGCACAAAAGACUAUUGAAGUUCAUCAGACCAUAUCUAUUAUCUUCACAUUGCACAGUAUUUGAUCGUAUUAUUCGAAAUGAACAUCAUGUGCCAAGCUACAGGAAAAGGAUGGUAUUGUUGAAGAGAAGGUCGCAGUUUGAAUCGCUUGGCUUAGUUCUGCGUAAUACGUUGCCAGUGACGGUUCAUAAUGUGGUCAAAGGGAGUGCUGCCCAUCUUUCUGGCUUGGCUGCAGGUGACAAACUGUUGGAAGUGGAUGGAAGAGAUGUCAGAGGUUAUAACAAUGAUGAAAUUGUACAUAUACUGAAGAAUAGUGGUGUACAGUUCCAACUGCUUGUUCGAAAUGGAUCUAAGAAAAGAAAAUUUCAAGACAAAAUUCAAGCCCUUAGUGGAGAUUGUGUGAAGGAAAGCUUAGGUGGUGAAUUCAAGGAACAGAUAAUGAUGAGGUUGACACAUGGAGAACAGCUUGUAUUGCGACAGACACUUGUACAUUACUUACAGCACAAGGAUUUGAAGCAGUUAUUUACAUCCCUUGAAGAGAUAUUGGACGAACCUUACAAACUCCAACUUUUGCAUUAUCUUGGGCAACUGUUUCCAAUAGAGAUGCUUCCAACAUUCGAACAAUAUGCUGUUGCACUUAUGGCAAAACAAACAGAAUCUUGCCACGAUAAUGAUCAACAUGGAUUUGAUGAUUUGAAAUUGUAUCAUUCACCAUUUACGAAAAAACGAAGAAACAACCCAGAGUUUGCCACAAUUGAUGAAGAAAUAACUUCUGAACUUGUUAAUGAAAAAGAUGUUGGGAAUAUUGAAAAAGGUUCAACACUAGAUAUCUUAUUGUCAUUAGACGAUAACACGUUAAGAAAAUUAAAACAAGAUGUAACUUUGCUUACUGCAGAUAGCAAGGUUCUUAAUUUGGGGAACAACUUGGUAGAAACAACUGCACAGAUUCAUUUAAAAGGCAACAACAGCAACAACACCAAUAACAACCACAACAACAACAACAACAACAAUAAUAACAACAACAGCAACAACAACAUUGAUGCCAGGCACAGAGUACCAUACAAUUCAUCUAAUCCUGUUGGCAGUAAAAGUGUGCAUGCAUCAAACGAAGAGGAGUCAUUAGUUGAAAAAGUAACUGUACAUUUUCCAGAAACCUCUAAGAAGGAGAACAACCAUUUUCAAGACAUAACAAAAAUAAACAAUGUGAAGUACCCAAUACCACCAAAAAGAAAAGGUUCACUAAAUCGGAGUGUGAAAGACUUAGAAACCAUUGAGAAUAUGCCAAACACACAGACUGGUAACUCUCCACUAACUCUACUACCUCCUCCACCGCUACCACCACCGCCACCUACGGCACCAUCUGCUUCUCACAGUAAUCUAAACAAAAAUGCCAUGCAACUAAAAAGAUUGAAUUGGGAGAAGAUAUCAGGAAAAAGCCUCCAGAAUACAGUUUGGAGUGAGAUUAAUGAUGCUUCUGUGAACGAAAUAAUAAAUUUCUCAGAAAUAGAAGAAUUAUUUGUGAACAAGCCAGCCAAAUCAACCGAAAAGAAAUCAGAAAAACGGAUGGAAAUUAUGUGCUCCAAAAAAUCUCAUAGUUUAGGCAUACUUGUGGGCCAUCUAAAAUUGUCAACAGAAAAGAUUUAUGAUGCUGUUUUGGAGAUGGAUUUUUCAGUUUUAUCUCCUGCACAUGUGAGAACACUACUAACAUGUGCUCCUGACCAACAGGAGGCGUCAGAACUAGAAGAAGCAGAUGAAAAUCACCUGGUUACUUUAGCAGACAAGUUCACAAAACAGAUGUUAAAAGUGACAAAUUAUGAGAAAAGGCUACGCUCGAUGCUUUUCAAAUCCGAAUUUUAUGAAAAAAUCAAAGAAUUGGAACCGGACAUUGCGUCUGUGUUGGAAGCCUGCAGGCAGCUACAACAUAGCAAAAACUUGAGAUAUAUCUUAGAGAUUGUGUUAGCCACUGGAAACUUUCUGAAUAAAUCUUACAAGUCGAUAUCUGGAGCUUCUGCUUUCAAAAUAAGCUUUUUAUCAAAGCUUUCAACUACAAAAACGUCAGAUAACAAAUCGAACUUGCUGUCUGUUAUUGUCAACACGUUAUUGGUGAACAAACCUGAUGUUUUGCUGAUUCAGCAAGAAUUGCAAAGUGUACCACGUGCAGCUAAAAUAUCAAGCCAAUUGAUUAAACAAGAAAUUGAAGAAUUGAAAAAAGGCAUGAGAGAUCUUGAAGAUGAAUUACGAUUGGCGAAAUUACGCGAUGACCACCGCAACGAUAAGUUUGCGAGAGUUAUGGGCCAAUUUGUAAACGAAGCUCACCACUCGUUUCAUGAACUACUAACACAAUUUACACAAAUGCAAUACGACUUUCAACAAUUGGUCGAGUUUUUUGGUGACGACUACACAAAGACGACGACGGAAGAUUUUUUUGGUUCAUUUGCAGUCUUUUUGCAACACAUAGAGAAUACUAAAGACGAUUUGGUGAAAGCACAGAAUAAAAACAAGGAAAGAAGCAUAAAGGCAUCACGCGAUAGAAUAUCAGUUAUUUAUCCUGCCAAAAAGAACACAGACGAAAAUUCAAAGCGAAGAAUUUCUUUACCUGCCGUAAUCGACGCAACCGUUGAGCGACCACACCCUCUGUUAUCUAGCAUAGAAAAGUCAAGAACAUCAUCUGUCAGUAGAACGCCUAAUUUGUCGAAAACUAUCUGCGUCGCGGAAGAAAUGGAGCCAACUCCUAAGUUAUCUUUACAAGAAAUAGCUGCUAAGUUGUCUUCGGUACCUAAGAAAGGUACUCUGUCAGGCGGAAGCAGUAAGACAGCACCGCCACUAGUAGUCAACGCAUGGGAAGUGUCUGUGAAUAUUGACGCUGAUGUGGAAAACGUUCCCUCUCGUGAUGCGAAUGUAUCGCCAAGACCAUGGAAGGCUUCCCCUCAUUCUUCUCCUCAUUCUUCUCCUCAAACAAAUCGAAAGUUAAGAUCAGGGAAAGAUAAGUUGAUUGAAACGACUCAUGCAAACGACAAUUCGAAUAGCUCUCCCGUAGACUCUCAUCGUUUCACGCCUGUGGACAUUUUAAAUGGGAAAAAAUUUCUAACCAAUGAACUUUCUAAAUCGGAAACUGAAAGGGAAUUUCUCGUAAACACUCAACAAAAUCCGUGCAGCCCCGAAAUACCAAUAUAUGAGUCGAUAAGUGAGUCACGGAGUCAGUCACUUCCGCCAUUACCACCGAAACCUACACUAGCCAAAACAACGUUAGUUGAUAAAGGUGAAAUCAUCCAUAAAAAAGAUACAAUGUCAGAAAAGAUAAACAGUUUGAAUCACAAAAAGUCCGACAAACUGAACGAAGAAGGAGAUUUCAUGGACCACAAGGCCCAGAAAAAAUCAGAUUUGCCUCACCCUUCGGUGGAAUUUUUUAAAAAUGAUAUGUCUUCACCGGAAGUAUCACCAGUGAAGGAAAGUGCCUAUAAUGCUGCGAUAAAAGCCUCCAGAUCUCCACAAAUGGCUCCAAAAUAUCUUAAUCUUGUAAAAGCCAAACUAGAAGAGGAAAAAAAGAAGGCUGAACGGCCGAAGUUGCGAAGAAAAAUCACAAAGCACGAAAAACCACUUUACGCUCGUGUCAUGAAAGAAACGUUACAUGACUAUGAGCAACAGCGACAGGAAGACAAAGAAAGAAACGCGAAUGGCAACAACAGUCCUACGAUGCGUCGUAUAAAUUCGCCCAAUUUUCUAACUAUCAUGCAACAGAAGUUGAAGGAAAAGGCUCCGAAUGUUGGAGAUGAUUUAGAGGAUGUAACAAAGAGAAAAAAAUCUGUGACUGAACCAUUAUACGCCAGUGCUAUUCGUGAAACGUUACAAGACUAUGAAGUUCGAAAGAAAGAACACGACCGUGUGAGAAAGCUCGGUGUUAGCGCUGGUACAGGUUUGGACAUCAGCGAGACGGAGGCGGGACGCAGAACACCAAAUUUCUUAAGCAUGUUACAAGAGAAUUUGUUGGAAAAGAAUCUGAUUAACAAAGACAACGAGGACGAAAUAAACGAGUCCUUGUGCGAUGACGAGCCUUUAUAUGCACUUGUCAUAAAAGCUGCUAUCACGGAAUAUAAUAACAGCAGAAAUAAUAGCAACGACGUCAACGAAAACGACAAUCGUAGUGUAAAUAUCGUCGAAGACGCCGUCUCACCUGAAAGUCAACUCUCACCAAUAUCCACAUCAUCUACAUCUAGUUCGGGUAGUUUAAACAACAACAAAAACAAUAACAACUACGAUGGAGAUCACAGCCGCUCUUCAUCGGACAUAUCUCUAGCAAGCGAAGAAGUAAGUCGUAUUAACCAAAGAUUCUUCAGAACAGCUGGUAAUAAACACUUGUUUGAUAAACCCGAUUUUGAAUUGAAGUACCUUCAAACUGGGAUAAAGCCAGCUCUGCCGACCAUACCGUCUCCCGAUUAUACACCACACGCAAGUGAUGUUGAUGGCUUCGGUGCAGCAAGUAACAACAACAACAAAGUAAACACUGAGAAUGACAUAAAGUUUUCUUUUCACCCCCAUGAUGUUGAUCGGCCAUUUUGGAAAACAGAAAAAACCGAGGAAAUGCGUCAAUCCUCAGUGACAUCAUCUGAUUCAUCUGCGCCUUCCUCGCCAAAUAAAGACCAUGUCAAGAAACCUCGUCGAUCAAGUUUACGUAAGAAGGAGUCUGUAUCUAAACCAAACAAUGUUUCGUUUGUCAAACAAGUCGAAGUCAUCGAUGAAAUCGUGGAAGUGGACGAAGAUAAAGUUGUCAUGAAAGACACGAGAACUGAAUCACCGCUGAAAGGCUCUCCACAAAUCGAACAAAGACGUAAAAAUACGCCCUACGUUAGAGAAGUGGAUGUUGAAGUAAACGACCAAUCAGUUCCAAUCGAAGAAUUUAAAACUAAUAAUGAAGCAGUCGGUAGAGCGUCUUCGGCAGAAAUGAAAAGUUUGGGAGGAAUGGUUAAAGAAAAGAAUAUUGACAUUGCGUUCGAUCUGGUCACCACUACCUAUCCAGAAGGUAGAAUGGCCAUGAAGCUCGUUCCACAGGGUAACAUUCCGAUCAGUAUAAAUACGCCUGAAAUCAUAAUGGAACCAAGUAAAAACAGCAUCCCAGAAACGCCUCCAGAAAUAAACCGUUCAGUGAAACCGAAAUUACAUGGUGCGUUUGAAGACCGGAUGAAACGACCUUCUCCUGCUAAUAGUGAUGAUGUUGAUAUUCGCCAUGGGAACGAAACUUUACUUCGCACUAUAAUACCGUCGCCGGAUUAUUCACCUGAACCGUCACCGGAAUUGACUCGGAGAAAUUUUCACCAGAGUGAUCGUCAAAGUCUUACGACUGAUACAAGCGUCGACUCGUCUUCCGCUCGCCUCACUCCAACGGUAAAGCAAGUGAUUCAAGUUGAAGCGGUGACGCAGAAUAGCCCAACAUUUGUUCAACCCGUCGAGAAAAAUUUGAUCAACGUGUUUACUGAGGAGUACUCCGUUCCGCAUGUGAUACUGAAUGACGAGCCAAAAAGAUCAAUAAAAAAUAGUCCUGUCUCGCUUCCUCGACGUUCACCCAAUCACAACACGACCUCGUUAUCAAGCAUUGAUAAACCAGAUCGUAACGCUUGUUCACAACAAAACACUGAAAGUCCGCCACCUUUGCCAGAUAGAUCAAAGAAGCCUAAAAAGCAAGCAAAUUUUGCGGACCCUGGCCCUCCUUCUCCUCUGCCAAGAUCUCCAAAUUCAUUGGAAGGAAACGGGAAACCGAUUAUUGCUCGUUUCCAAGCAGUACUUGUAACUCAAAACAAGAAAUAAAAUAGUUGUUAUUGUUUUCGAGUACCUAAUUUAUUGAGGUACAUUUUCGUCGUGCACGCAAAAGAAGUUUUUGCUACCAUUUUAAAAAAUCUUUUUAUUUUACUUACUUUUCAAAAAAAUUGUCUCAAAUGUUAAAAGCUGGGAGAAAUUUCGGGAAAUCUCUGUUUUGUCGUAUUUACCAGUUAAUUUAAAACUUUUCAUAACUGGUCUAUAAAAGAUAUCAGUGGAGUUAUACAUGCAAAGCUUCUCUGCCUCGGAUUAAAAAUAUCUUGUAUUAACACAUUUUUGCUUGACAAUUCAACUACUAAUAACCUUUUUUCACAUUCACCUAAGUUUAUAUAUAUAGAAAGAUUGAAUUACCACUGGAAGCUGCUGUAAGUUCUGUCAGGAUUAUAUGCGGUUUUAUGCGCUUUGUUUUUAGUGCAUAUAAAUUUUAUAAAACCGCGAAAUAAUUUUUUGCUCGUGGAAUUAACCAUUCAUAGAUGGUGUAGCCCGUUUUCUUUACUCUCUUUUGUUCCUAAUUUAUGAGGAGUGUUUUGUUUUAUUAUCAAAUCAGUUUGGGUUAAACAACAUAACUUUAAAUGAAUCAAGUUUUUUUAUUCCUUUUGAAUUUUGUUCGAGUUGAAAUACGGAAAAUUUUAAUUUUUUUUAUAUCCCAAAGUAAUCUAGCUAUAACUAAGGAAGUCCUGGGGACAAAGUUAAUCCAAAUUGGUUAUAAAAGAUAAAAAUUAAUGUAUGAUUUUAAUUUAUGUUUCAUGUUUUUAAAUGUAUAUAUUGAUUUGUAUUUCUGACUACGAAUGAAUUUUUAUAUUUAUGAAA